UGAACAAUGAAGAUCGCUCUUUAUAAACUUAAAACUGAUACCGAAGAACAGAUAUUAGAUUCAAGAUGAACUCAGAUGAGAAAAAAAACGAAACUUUAAAUCCAAAAAUCAAAAUUUAUUUAACCACUAGUGUAAGCUCAACGAAUGAGCUUUUAGGGUUUUAAUCGAUGUGGGUUAAGUUGACAUUUGGUGACGAAAAUUGGCAACCGAAUUUCGUUGCUAUAUUUGACGAAAGGCAAUUGUUAUAUUUGACGAAAGGGCAAUUGCAAUAAUUGCAGAGGAUUUAGGGUUUUAUUUGAUGGAAAUCUUCUCAAUGUUUACCUCUUGCAAUGACGGAUAUGAAAUUUCACUCUUCGAAAAAACCCCAUUUCUUCCAGCCCCUUCUUCCUGGCUUCUACCACCACCUCGACAUGCCGGUGAACUUCUUCAAGAAGAACGUAGAGGGAAGGCACGAGGAGAAGACGACGACACUGGUGUCGGAUGUAUCGGACAGAAAAUGGGAAGUGAAGAUUGACGGCCGGAGAUUCGCCGACGACUGGAAAGAUUUCGUCGUCGACCAUGGUUUUCGUGUCGGAGAAUCAAUUUUCAGACAGGAAGGAGAAGGAGAUUUGGGUUUUCACGUCACAGGCUUUGGGCCCAGUUGCUGUAAUCUCGUAUACUCUUCGUCUCGCUCAGAUGACGAAAAUGGUGGGUUGGAAGAGGAAGAGGAAGAUUAUGAUGAUAGCGAAGAGGAGGACGCCAUUGACGAGAAAAACAGUGGAAUUCGUUUGAGAGAGAAGAGAACGACGAAGAAGAAGAAGAAUCCACCUCAUGAACCCAAAGGAAAUCCUUCAACUGGACCUAACAGCAACAAAGAGAUCAGAUCGGGUGAAUGCUCAGAGGAAAUGAAGUUCAUGACAUUAACUUUCACACCUCAUGAGUUCAAACGUCUUCUGACACAAUUCACGAGGGCGAAUAACAUCGAGAGGCCGAGAAAUAUAACUUUGGUGGACAAACACAGAGUGGAAUGGCCGAUAAAUCUGUCGAAGGAGAAGAAAACGGGAAAGAUGGUGCUGGGAAAAGGUUUGAAAAGCUUCUGCAUAGCUAAUGUCUUGAAGGAAGGUGAAUCAUUCGAGAUGGAAUUGAUUUCGAGAAAUGCAACUCCUGUACUUAAGUUCUCCUCCGAGGUGAAUACCCAAAACAAUAUCUGGGCAUCCAGGUUUUUGGAUCGUUUUGAGUAGAAGAUUUGUGGUUAAACCAAGUUAUUUUCUU